AUGCACCCAGCGCUCGGCAACCCCCGCUCGGUCUCGUCCUUGUCCGGCUCCUUCCCGCCGCCUCCAGCAGCCGCCCGGCUGCAGCCCCUCUUCCUCCGGGGGGGCUCCUCCCGCGGCCGGAGAGGCUCGGGCGACAGCAGUACCAGCACCAGCACCAGCAGGGGGGGAGGCGGCGGCAGACGCGGCGGGGGCGGCGGCUCCCCAAGCAGCAGCACGGGUGCCGAGCGAGAGGACGACGACGAGAGCAUCAGCAUCAGCAAGCCGCUGGUACCCGCCGCCACUGCCGGGCUUCUGGGGCCCCAGGUGCAGGGGGGCGCCCCAGUCACCGACCCCGCGACCACCGCCUUCUCCUCCUCUGCCAGCUCGUCCUCCACUUCCACGCCCACCUCAUCCUGCAGCAUGACAGCUGCGGACUUCGGCGGGGGCGCUGCGGCCGGGGCCGUCGGGGGCCCCGGGGGUCGUUCGGCUGGGGGAGCGGGAGGCACCGGGACUGGCAGCGGCGCCUCCUGCUGUUCGUGUUGUUGUUGCUGCGGCCGCCCGGCCCGAUCCGGCCGCAGGAGUAGGCGCCGCGGCUGUGCCCCUAGCCCCGGGUGCCGCUGGGGUUACCAGGCGCUGUCCGUGGUGCUGCUGCUGGCACAAGGCGGUCUGCUGGACCUGUAUCUCAUCGCUGUCACUGACCUGUACUGGUGCUCCUGGAUCGCUACUGAUUUGGUGGUGGUAGUGGGCUGGGCCAUUUUCUUCACCAAGAACAGCCGGGGUCGUCGGGGCGGCCUGGCGAGCGUCGCGCACAAUCACCACCAGCACCACCACCAUGCCGCGCCUCCUCUGCACCUGCCCGCCUCCUCGGCCGCCUCUGCUGGGGCCGCAGCCGGGGCCAAGGUUCGCGGAGGCCGUGGGGGUGCGGGCGGCCCAGGAGGCAAUCUGGGAGCGGCCGGAACGGCGGGAGAGUUCGCCUUCGCCUACUUAGCGUGGCUCAUCUACUCUAUCGCCUUCACGCCCAAGGUGGUGCUCAUCCUGGGUACGUCCAUCCUAGACCUCAUUGAGCUGCGUGCACCCUUCGGCACCACGGGCUUCCGUCUCACUAUGGCGCUGUCGGUGCCCUUGCUCUACAGCCUGGUGCGGGCCAUCAGCGAGGCGGGCGCCCCUCCUGGCUCGGCGGGACCCCUGCUUCUGCAGCCUCAGCAGCAUCGAGCCGCCGGCUGCUUCCUGGGCACAUGUCUGGAUCUGCUUGACAGCUUCACUCUAGUGGAGUUGAUGUUGGAAGGCCGUGUCCCGCUGCCCGCGCACUUGCGAUACCUGCUCAUCGCCGUCUACUUCCUCACCCUCGCCUCACCGGUGCUCUGGCUCUACGAGCUCAAUGCAACAGCCAUGGUCGCUUCGUCCUGGGGCCAGGCCUCAGGGCCGGGGAGUUGCAGCCGCCUCCUGCGCUUGCUAGGUGGCUGCCUUGUGGACGUGCCCUUGCUGGCGCUGCGCUGCCUCCUAGUGGUGAGCUACCAACAACCGCUUUCCGUCUUCAUGCUCAAGAACCUCUUCUUCCUCGGCUGUAGAGGCCUAGAGGCACUGGAAGGCUGCUGGGACCAGGGCAGUAGGGCUUCCCCAAGUCGGGCCAGGGGAAGCUAUGGCGCUCCACCCUCUGCCCCACCGCAGGCACCACCACCACCACCACCACCACCACCUCAGGGAGGCUCCCAACUGGGCCACUGCAUCUCAGAGAAUGGGGGUGCCCAUGGCUAUGUAAAUACCCUGGCUGUGGCCUUCCAGAAUUGA